AUGAGGAUGAUGAGGAUGAGGAUGAACACGAUCAUAUGGAUCACUGGAUUUAAGAUGCUGCUUUGUACUUGGUUUUCAUCUUCUCUCAUCAUCACGAACAUUAUUGUGACUGUGAUUACCACAAAUUUGGAAAUUUCGGCCACAGAGCAGGAGGAAAACGAUUCGUCUGAGAAUACGACGGCAUGUGAAAAGCCAGUGACAGAGGAAGGUUUCUCUCUCAAACAAGAGAACUUCGUCCAUGUAGAGGAACUGGUUACUAGAACAAAAAUGACGAAAAGCCAGAGACCCCUGAGAACCAGCUGUCUGGAGAAUCUGACCAUGGACACAUUUGAGGAAUUGAUCUUGGUCAUGGCAGACAUAGAUAAGAGUAUCAGAACAUUCGGGAGGAGCUACAGAUAUGAGGUUUACAAACUAUCCUCCAACCAAGAGAUGGAGGAAAACAGGAUCACGAGGAAUAAGAUGGCUAUGGCUCUUCAGGAAAGCCUGCUCAUCAACAAGCUCACCUCGUGCCAUAGUGGAGACAUUCUGUCCACCCUCAUGACCUUGGAAAAGACCAACUUUAGAGAUUUCAGCUUGGACGAAGAACCUCAGCUGUUUACUCGUGUCGCUUUUCUGCUGAACAUGGCUCUAACAGCGCUGGUGCUCAUCGGGCUCUUCUGUCGGGGAGACGUCCUCGCUGCUAAAGUAAACAAACACAAGCCUUGGAUUGAGACGUCCUACCAUGGAGUGAUCACUGAAAACACAGACACUGUCCUGUUGGACCCUCCACUAGUCGCCUUGGACAAAGACGCUCCUGUUCCGUAUGCAGGAGACAUCUGUGCAUUUAAGAUUCAUGGCAAGGACACUCCGUUUAAGGCAAAGGUGCUAAACAAGACUUCAGGGGAAGGAGUGCUGAGAGCUUUUGGUCCUGUAGAUUGUGAGCAGCAGAAGGAGUUCACGUUCAUCAUCCAGGCGUACGACUGCGGGGCCGACGUGACGGGAGCCAGCUGGAAAAAGAGCCACAAAGCGAUGGUGCACAUCCAGGUGGAGGAUGUGAACGAGUUUGCUCCAUUUUUCCGUGAGCCGAAGUACCAGGCCACGGUGACAGAGGGGAAGAUCUAUGACAGUAUCGUACAGGUGGAGGCUUGGGACCAGGACUGCUCGGCCCAGUACAGCCAGAUCUGCAACUACGAAAUAAUCACGCCAGCCACUCCCUUCGCCAUUGACCGCAACGGCAACAUCAGAAACACAGAGCAUCUGAACUACGAGAAGCAGCAACUCUACAAGAUCAUGGUGAGCGCCUACGACUGCGGCCAGAAGAGGGCGACAGAGAGUGUGUUCGUCUACAUCCACGUCAAACCCAUGUGCAAGCCUGGCUGGCAAGGCUGGAAUAAGCAGGUUGACUAUGAACCAGGAACAGGCAGCAGGCAGCUCUUUCCUGUGAUGCACCUCGAGACGUGUGACAGUCCGGUGUCCUCAAUUAGAGUCACGGUGGAACUGCAGACCAGCCACAUCGGGAAGGGCUGUGACCGAGAAACCUACUCGGAGAAAUCGCUGCAGAAACUCUGUGGUGCUGCUUCAGGCAGCGUGGAUCUGCUUCCAACCCCCAGCGCCUCCACAAACUGGACGUCUACCUUGCUGACGGACGACGGACGAGACAGCGACCUCAUCUUUCAUUUUAAUGGACGACAGGCGGCCAACAUCCCAGAGCAGGUGGCGCCUCAGAACCUCACAGAGCAGUUUACCAUCGCCACAUGGAUGAAGCACGGCCCCAGUCCUGGACUCAGAGCUGAGAAGGAGACACUGCUGUGUAACUCAGACAAGACUGAGAUGAACAGGCAUCAUUACUCGCUGUACGUGCACAACUGCCGCCUGGUGUUCCUGCUGAGGAGGGACUUCACGCAGACGGACACGUUCAGGCCGGCCGAGUUCCACUGGAAACUGGAGCAGAUCUGUGAUGAAGAGUGGCACUACUAUGUCAUAAACGUGGAGUUUCCUGCUGUUAUGCUCUUCGUCGAUGGAGUGACCUAUGACCCCUACCUGGUGACAGACGAUUGGCCCAUUCAGCCCUCACAAAUAGACAUGCAGCUGACAGUCGGUGCCUGUUGGCAGGGAGGUGAGAUGACGAGUCCUCGCUUCACACAGUUCUUUCGUGGAAGUCUCUCAGGACUCACCAUCCGUCCCGGGAAGAUCGAGACACAGAAGGUUAUCUCAUGCCUACAAGCUUGCAAAGAAGGCCUGGACAUCAACUCACUGGAGAGCCUGGGUAAAGGCAUCAAGUUUCACUUCAACCCGGCUCAGUCAGUGCUGGUGAUGGAAAGUGAAGAUCUGGAGAACAUUAACACAGCUGUGGCGAAGGUGUCCUACAUCAACUCCAGGCAGUUCCCUACUCCUGGUCUGCGGACGCUACGUGUAUCUACUACAAUUCAAUGUUUCGGUGAGGACCCGUGUAUCUCCAUCCCAGACAUAAAGGCAGUGGUGAUGGUGAUGGUCCCCAGCAAGCCACAGAUCAGCAUCACGGGUGCUGAGCAGGUAACAGUACCUGCCGCUGAGCUCCAAACCUCUGUCGGAGUGGCACUGUUCAAAGAGAUUCACAUCAUCAGUACCGUCAUCAAGAGCGACGGCACUGUCAGCUCAGGUUCCAGGCCCGGAAUUUUAGAGGUCAUGCAUAACCUUGAUUACUGUAAUGUGAUGGUCAUUGGAGAGGAACUUAAUCCAGAAGAUGAGAGUCUAGAGAUCCAUCACAGCUCUCUACUAGGAAAACACCUUGAUGCCACCAACUCCACAUCUGGCAUCUCCAUCUAUGGUGUGGACUCCAUGGCAAAUUACGAGCAGGCUAUCCAGCAGGUGAGGUACAGAAACUGGAGACCAGACAGGCUGCUGCAGAGAAGGUUUCGUCUCAGCUGCUCAGAACUCAAUGGACGCUACACCAGCAACAACUUCAACCUGGAGAUUGGAAUAGUGCACAUCUCAGAGGCCAUAAGGCUUGUCAAUCAAAUGGCUGUCCAGCCCCUGUACAUUAGACCAGUUCAUCAUCCUCUGGUCAUCCAAACAGUUAACUCGGACCAGAUCUCAGGUACAGCCCUGGCAGCUAUAGUGCUAAUAGGGAUGUCUGUCGCUGCCCUGGUGGUUAUCAUGGUUCUGGGUAUCUACUGUAUUCAUGCGUCUCAUCUACAAAGAUUACAAAUAAAGAAGAAUGAAGGGAAAGAACCAGAAACGGUCUGGAAAGAUGCCGCAAUCACAAUCACUGUCAAUCCCAUGGAGAACCUUGAUAACCCUCAGAGUGCUGAAGAGACCCGGGGGCAGGAGUCAGAGAACGACGAUGAAGACGAUGACAAACCGUCCAGGAAUCAGUUCAGCACAGAGUCAGAUGAUAAUGAGGAAGAAGAGCAGACAAUUCAGAAGGGUAGACUGGUGUGGGAGCAUUCCACUCCAUACUAUUAAAUCCUAUCCACAGCUCAUACACUCAGGACACGUUUAAAGCUCUCAUACACAUUCACUUUUACCACUCGUUCUCAUACUGGUCAGGGUCGCAGGGGUUUUCGUUACCACCUAAAAACAUGGAGCACAAGGCAGAAAUAAACCUAAUGCAAAAAGAUGCAUUGCAGCACAGGACUCACUUAUACCUUAGGGGUAUUUGAGUAUUGCCAAUCGACCUGGAAGGUGGGAAAACUGAAGUACUUAGAGAAAACCCAUACAGACAGAUGGGGGACCUGCAAACUCCUAACAGACAAUGACCAGACCAGACAUCCACAUUACCAGCUGUACCGCUGUGCCACCCGAACCUUUUGCUCACUGCACCCUCCGGUGUCCACUGUUCCACUGUAUAUAUGCACAGAUGAAUAAAAAAAAAGCAGCAGUUGUGUUCUGGUUUAGAGGUUUUACUAAAAUAUUGGGUCAUAUCAGGGUAAUCAUCGGCUGAAUAAUGGCAUACACCCAGCCUUUAGAUUCCUAGAGAAAUGUUGUCAUUAGAGCAUUUUAUUAGAGAUAUAAAAUAAACUAUUUUUUCUUUG